AACUCACUAAAGAAAGAAAGAAAGAGCGCGCGAGUAAUGUGUUUGUGUAUCAUCAGUGUUUUUCUCUCUUGCGUGUUUCAUUGAGUGUAAACAGAGUGUUGUCUCUGUGUAUUUUAGUGUUGAGACGAUGCGGGACACUACAGUGUGUGACAGUAAACAGAGCUUACAGGAGGAUCAAACCUCCACAGAGUCUCUGGAUUCUGUCUGUAACGCUGGAGAACAGCAGCAGAUCCUGCAGACCAAACUGAAGAUGUGUUCAGUUAAACUCAUCGACUGCACGAACCUCAUGAUGAAGAUUAAAACUGAACCCACAGAAGAGGAAGAUCGCACUGAGGAAGAUGAUGAUUUUAUUCCUUCAGGUGUGAAGAGUGAUUCAUGUCUGGAUAUAGAAAUAACGUCCUCAACAUCAAAAGAGCGACUGACAGCACAAACUCUUUCCUGCAUCACCUGUGAAAAGACAUUCAGCUCACAGAGACAUUUAGAGAGACAUGAGAGAAAACACACAGAACAGAAACUCUUCACCAGAUCUGAGAUCAGCUUUACUACCUUACAAGAGAAGAAACUUCAUUCAGAAGACCACAGAGAGAAGAAGAAGAAGAAGCAGUUUCACUGUGAGCAGUGUGGGAGGAUUUGUGCCUCUUCCUCUAAACUAAAUGUUCACAUGAGGACACACACUGGUGAAAAGCCUUUCUACUGCACUGAAUGUGGAUAUUACUUCAGAACCAAAGAAAAUCUUAAAAUUCAUCAGAGAAUUCACACUGGAGAAAAACCUUUCGAGUGUCCUCACUGUGAGAAGAGAUUUGGCUGUAAUUAUAAACUGAAGACACAUGUGCUUUUACACACCAAUGAGAGACCGUAUCAGUGCAGUGAAUGUGACAAAACCUUUAGGGAUUCAGGUUCAUUAAAAUCACACCAGAAUAUUCACUUUAAAGAGAAACUCUAUCAGUGUUCACACUGUGAUAAACGUUACAGUUAUAAAUGUCAUCUGAUAACCCAUCAGAGACGUCAUACUGGAGAGAAACCUUACGUCUGCACUCAUUGUGGAAAGAGCGUCUCUAGUUCAUCUCAAUUAAUAGUUCAUCAGAGAGUUCAUACUGGAGAGAAACCUUAUCACUGUACUCUCUGUGGGAAGAGUUUUAGUCUAAAGGCUACCUUACUAAGUCACAAGAGAAUUCAUACCGGUGAAAAACCUUUCAAAUGUUCUCAGUGUGACAAGACGUUUACUUGUUCAAGUAACUUAAAAUACCAUCAGAGAGUUCAUACUGGAGAGAAACCUUAUCACUGUAGUGUCUGUGGGAAGAGUUUUAGUGUAAAUGCUACAUUACUAAAGCACAAGAGAAUUCAUACAGGUGAAAAACCUUACAAAUGCUCUCAGUGUGACAAGAUGUUUGCUUAUUCAUGUUCCUUAAAAUCCCAUCAGAGAGUUCAUACUGGAGAGAAACCUCAUUACUGUAGUGUCUGUGGGAACAGUUUUAGUCAUCACUCAAACUUCCUAAGGCACCAGAGACUUCACACAGGUGAAAAACCUUUAAAAUGCUCUUAGUGUGACAAGACGUUUGCUCAGUCAGGUUACUUACAAGCCCAUCAGAGAGUUCAUUCUGGUGAGAAACUUUAAAGCUGAAGGUAUACUAGGGACACAUGCAUGACGUCAUUUUUGCAACAGCGCAUGCGUGAGAAAAUAUUGAGACCGGACACCCCACUACAAACAAUUACACAAAGGCAAUAAACAGCAUUUGCACACA